ACGUCACACUCGCUCGGUCCAUCUUUGGCUACAGUCUAUUGCGCAACAGCAGGGACAUUCCUCCGGGAGGGGUAGCAGACAGGGAAGGGUCUUUCUCCAAACUUUGGGUCACACCCGCACACAGACACAAGCUGCGGCGGGAAACGGGGAGAAACCUUCACCACGCCAGUGUCCGGAACCGGUACCGAGCCAUUAUGACAGACGGAGCAGCAGAGGUGGUGGUGGAGGACUCGGGUCCUGCUCAGAGCCCUCUGGUGUCCAUCACCUUUCAGAGGGAUGUCAACUGGAAGAAGAAAUACCUGGAGGCUGAGCCUAAGGCUCUUGGGAUAACCCAGAUCGGCCUGAGCCUGUAUGUGGUCGUCUGUCUCACUGUGUUUCACUCUCAGGAUCUGCCUGUCCAGAGAACCAUGAUAGCUUUCUACUGCUUUUCACUCAUGGUGGUGAUAGCGGGGAGUGUGGCUCUGUCUGCACAAAACCUCCAUCUCUCCACACUGAAGGCCUGUUUGGUGAUGGAGAUUGUGGCGAGUCUGGCUUCCUUUUGCAACAUUAUGAUGUCAUUAAUUGAAAAUUCAUGGGUAGACCAUAAAUGCUGGAUCUUUUAUGAAGACAAAAAUUCGACCAGUUUGUUAGAAGUCUGCCUUGACCUUGAGAGAGUUUCCACUCGUUUCUUUGCUGGUAGUCUGCUCAUCCACUCUGCUCUCCUGGCCAUCUCCAUCACCCUGGUUGUAUACUGCUGCAAGGUGGUCAAGUGUUGUGGACCGCCUCCAAAAGUGCCGAUGAUUACUGUCCAAACUCCCCCUCGCCACCAUGACCAGGAGACUGCCCAGAGGAGCACGCACGAGUGAUGCACAUGCACAAAUCCUUCCCAUUCCAAACACACACACACAUGGAACUUUAUGGGGAAUAUUUUCUUUACACAGAACUUUAGUUCUUUGUUUAGUUUUGCUUUUAUUGUGUCAUAAACUGCAAAGAAACCUGUUGAACUGCUACAGAGCACAGCUCUGCUCCACCUACAGACCAUCAACACUCCUUCAGGAGAACACAAAAGUCUGUUAAAACUAAGUUGUGUUGUUAACUUCAUGUUUCCUUACACAACAGAACCGCUCUAGAGGUCUCAUUUCCAAAACUCUGGCCAGUUCCCCUCCUGCUCCCCACAACCAGCUCUGGACAGCUGAUCAUAUCAGACCCAGAAACAUUUAUUACUGUGUUUUCUGGAUUUUAAUACUUUUUUCCUACGUUUUCAAUCUUGCAGCUCAUACAAAGGUGCCGCUAUUCUGUAGAUUUGUCUUCCACCACUAGGGGCACUCUAACAUACGGAAGCUCAGAGCUGCCACCCAGUGGACAUAAAAAAAUAGCAAAUGCAUUGCUUUAUUUAUGUUUUUUAAGGAUUUUAAAAAUAUAAAUAUGGAUCAUAUUGUAACACAAAAUGCUCAGUAGCUCUGAAACAAAGUAAAUGUUUGCUAAUCUUUGUUGUAGUAGGACAGUGAGGUCAUGAUUAGUCAAUACAGAAAGUUUGGUGACUGUAGCUUUAAUAUUUUCAGAACUAUUGAGCAUCUGUAUUAUGUUGUAUGUCUCUAUUAAAAAUUGAUUGAAAAAAUAACAAAACAAAAAAAAAUACUUUCUAGGAAUAUGUAUUAUAGCCUGAAUAUGAUGACGAGUCUUCAUUACUAGCUUAUAUAAAUGCAGACAUUUAUUCAUUUUUGAGAGAUGAUUGAUUUUUACAGAAUGGCCUUUUCUCCAAGCUUGUACUUCGUAGACGGUCCCUUAGCAGCCAUCGCUCCAUCUGCAGCUCGAACAGAACACUUCUCAUUAAACGGCAGAAAAAACAUCAUUUUUUCUUUUGAAAUCCAUUUAAAGCUAACUCUCUGUGAUAUUACAAAAUGAUUGAGAUACUUGCUUUCACAUUUGUAUGUUUAUCAGAAGAGCUAUUGAGGCCGGAAGUCUAAUCCGUGAUCAUCUCUCUAACUUUACUGAACUGGUUUCUGAACGCAACACGUUGUUACAAUAAACGAUAUACUUCAAACAAUUGAAUGUUGUGUUGUAAGAAUACGAAAUGUUUUAUGUUAUAACUAGGGCUCCGAAAGUGAAUGCAUUAACACACGGGAUUAAUAAAAAUAAAUAAAUAAAAUACUACUAGCUUGAUGCUAACGUUUAAUGUAAUUUCACAUAGGACGGCUAAUGCUAAUGCUCAGUUGAUCUAAUCAUAUAUUGGUGACUAAAUAUCUUUAUAAACUCACACACAUGAAUUUUAUAAACUCUUUUAAGGAAAUAUUUUAUAAUAACCAAUUGUGGUCUAAAACUUUGUUUUGGUCAUUCUUUGCUUGUUGUUAUUGAAGAAACUGUGUUGCUAUAGCAUGAUCACCACCUAGUGGUCAAACUAAAACGUCCUCCAGGAGAAGCAGAACAAUGUUUCCAAUGUUAAUGAUCUGAACAUUUUAGUUAGAACUUCUCCUUUAGAGAAUCCAUGUAACUCUGGAUGAU